GGGACUCUCUCACCCGCGUAUUCUCCCCUCGCCCUGGCAAAGCUCUCCUAGAAAAAAUAAAUUCUACCAUUUUGUGUAAAGCCCACCCCAUGCUGUUCGACGCGUCCUUCAACUCGUCCGACACCAUCCUCCUCAACUCGUUCCACAUCCUCUUACUCGCCAUGAUCAAGCUCUGCUGUCUAGACCAGGGCUCCUACCAGUGCGUCCUUCGCAAACGCCACCCCCCUCUCCCUCUCACCGCGGCGGCGGACCCCCAACCCCCCCGGCAAACACACAAGACAAACGCUCGACACUUGUACCGCGUCAUUCUCAGCGCAAUCAACAAGCUGAAUGAGUUCAUUGAGCAGAAGUGCUCAGCCAGGUCAGCGCCGACCGCCGACCGCCGCACCCGCGUCCUCAGUCACGACGCGGUCGCAUGGCUCGGACUCCAAGCCGCCCUCCUCGCCUUCUCCAAAAAAUGCUACAAGCCACUUCUCAAACGGAUAAAGAAGCUCCUCUCCCGCAAAAAAAUCGAAGCCCACCUGCUCCCUCAGCUCGAAAUCACUGUGCAAACAGGAAGAGAAAAAUUCGCCAACACCUUGUAUUGAGCGGCACAACUAAAAAUAAAGCGCUCUCUAUCCACGACCAUUCUCUAAUACACAGAAAACCGCGCGCAAACUCGCCCUUUCCUUGUCUGCAAAUUUCGGGUACAGAAAAUUUUCUCUGUCUGUCACUGGUGCUGCCGCAGCACCCCCUCCGUCACGAACGCCUGCUCCAUCUGCACCACUCGUGCGGACGUCCGACCUCGACAAAGCGCUGUCCCCCCCGUGUGGCAUCGGGGCGAAAAAUUUUCGACCACGGCGCCGCGCAAAACGCGCCCGCUCUCUCGCAUGGAUUCGCAGCGCAUGGAGAACCCAUUCAAAUGCUGCCUGAGCCCACCCCCUCCGUUUUUAGGCAACCGCAGUUUCCGCGCCCCCAAUAUGCACGCAGUAUUUCGCUUGUCUUUCCUCUCACAUGCUCCCCAGAAAGAGAGCUAAAGAUGUCUGUUAUCAAGCAAGGCUACCUUACCAAACAGGGCAACGUCCGAAAAAACUGGAAAAAGAGGUGGUUUGUCCUGUACCCCGACAGCCUAUGCUACUACAAAAACCAGAAAGAGGCCACGCAUAACAAGGCCCUGCGGUCGGUGCCGCUAGACGGGGUCGAAUUCAUCCAGAUUAUCUCAUAUAAAAAGCACCAGAAUUGUAUCGCGCUCGGCACUCGCAAGAGAAUAUAUCACCUUAUAGCUGAUAACGAGGGAGAAAUGAAGGAAUGGCUAGAAGCUUUUCAGAAGAGUAUUCCUGAUGCCGAAGUGCGCACGGUAACGGAAGAGGACCAGCUGACCUACAAAUAUUUGUCGUCGGACCACCUCAAAACUAGCAAUCUAUCCAAAGCGAUAUUGAGAUCUAAACAGGCCAGAGCGGCUUAUCAGAACACUGGGACGCUGCAUUAUGGAAUGGCCCCGUCUCCUAUGAACCCCAUGAUUUCCAAGCAGAGACUGGUGCCCUUGGGAGAAAUGAUCAAGGAAGAAGUGGAGUCAGUUAAUGAGGUCGUCGAGAAUUUGGAUUUGGGUCCUGAUACAGAUGACAAAGUAAUCAUUGACGAUUUUGAGAUGAUCACUGUCAUCGGCCAGGGCUCAUUCGGGAAGGUAGUCCAAGUCCUUCACAAAAAGACCAAGCAGGUCUACGCCAUGAAGUCUCUGAAUAAACGUUCGAUCAUUGAACGAGGGGAACAAGAACAUACCAAAGCGGAAAAGGAAAUUCUGCAAACCGUGAAACAUCCCUACUUGAUGUGCCUUCACUUCUCUUUUCAAACACCUGAUAAACUCUACUUAGUCAUGGACUUCGUUAAUGGAGGCGAACUCUUCUACCACCUUCAACAAGAAGGCGCUUUUAGCGAAGAAAGAGCCAAAUUUUACGCCGCUGAAAUUGUCUCUGGCCUUGAGUAUUUGCACCAAAACGGAAUAGUAUAUCGAGACCUAAAACCAGAAAACAUCCUUCUGGACUUCGAAGGGCACAUCAAGAUGAUCGAUUUCGGGUUGUCCAAGCAAGGCCUCAACUCACCGAAUGCUCGCACAAGAACCUUCUGCGGAACACCAGAGUAUCUCGCCCCAGAAGUCCUUCAGGGCGCCCUCUACGGCAAGGUCGUCGAUUGGUGGUCUCUCGGCACCUUCAUCUUCGAAAUGCUCACCGGGCUGCCCCCGUUCUACGACGAAGACGUCCAGCGCAUGUACACGCUCAAACUCACCGCAGAACUCGAAAUCCCAGAAUACAUCAACAAGGACGCCAGAGACUUGAUCACCAGGUUCUUAGACAAAAACCCGGAAACUCGACUCCAAGACAUCAACGAGAUCAAAGCCCACCCGUGGUUCUCCACCAUCAACUGGAGUGACAUCGAGCAAAGAAAAAUGACUCCACCCUACAAACCUCCUGUAUCUGACCCGAACUCAAUCGUAUGCAUAGACGAAGGAUUUCUGGGAAUGACUCUGGCAGACGUCUGCAGCGAUCCUAGCGACAACAUACAGGCCCACUUCGAAGACUUCACUUAUAGAGCGUCGUAGCUGUAGCCUCCAAUUUAUCAAGUACCCCUGCCAAAUUUUAUGUGUAUUUUUCUCUCGAUAUACGCCAUCUCCAAAAAGGACUACCUGUGCGUGCAGCACCUCUAGUUUUCUAUGGAUGAAACCAAAAAGCGUCUCUGCUAACAACGCGGCGUUGCUCCUUCUAUUCUGUCUCCUCUAUACCCAUUAUGCGCAAAUUUCACAUGCAAAAAACAAUUUUUGUACUUUUGAUGAGCUCUCUCUCUCUUUGUUGAUAUUGUGUGUGCACAUGUUCGCUCAAUGACCCGUUAACAUGAUCGGCGCACCCCUCCUCGACCUAGACCCACGACGUGUCGAGCGAGUCCGUCGAUUGUUCGCGAGGGACAGAAACGAGCACACCAAGUAGGGGCGAGCUGGGGCGUAUGCUCCGUCGGGAGAGGACUAAAUAUGAAAAAUAUUGCGCAGAAAAUCGAGCCAAGAAUGGCGUGACUUCUUUUUUUGACACAUGUGCGCAGCCGAAUAAUUCUUGUGUUUAUUUGACGGUGUCCCCCCUCUGUACCUGUUGUAAAAUUGUGAAGACCGUUUACGGGGGACCUCUGCCACCUUCAAACUCAGAGCGACGGAACCGCCCUCACAGAGUCGCCUCGCCAGAAAGAUUCGAUUGCUUCCCUAAUUUGGGACAGAGAAACGGCUAAAAAUGACCCUUGGCUCGUAAACAUCUCGAAAAAAGCUUGUACUGCUCUUUUUUCCGAGCCGGAGAUGAGGUGGGGAGAUACUCCCAUGACAACUUCUGGGCAUAAGCGCUUUGUCGCUGCAGCAUGAAAAAAGUCUAUAGUUCCUCACCCUGAACGCCUUUUUCAGCUCAAUUCAAACCUAGCACCAGAAGU